GGAACAUUCAAAGCUCAUAUGCACCGGCGCUGAAGAUUACAUUAUCGACUGCUUCCAAAUUGGUUUACAACUAGCACUUGGGUGAUGCAUGUUUGAAAAUGCCUCCAGAACGCUUCGGUAAAAGCGUUUUCCUUGGGAAUAUCCCCUACAACCUUACGGAAGAGCAGGUGAAAGACAUCCUCAGCUCCGCAGGCACUGUUACGAAAUUUCGGUUGAUGAUAAACCCCGAGACCGGAAAACCAAAGGGAUAUGGAUUCGCCGAUUUUGCGGACGCAGACGCUGCUGCUUCUGCCGUACGGAACCUGAAUGAUUACGAGAUUAUGGGUCGCAAGAUAAGAGUGGAUUGGCCCCAUAACAAUGAGAAAGAUUCCGUUCCUCCCGACUACCCCCAACAGCCUCAAAUGGGUAUAAUGCAGGGGAUGCAGGGACAAGACCAGUCGCAGGCGUCUGCGCUGCCGCCGCUACCUCCAGGAACGGAACUCCCGCCAAAUCUUACCUGCCCCAACGCGAUAUCGCAAACUCUAGCUUCCCUCCCGGCUCCUCAACUACUCGAUGUUAUUACGCAGAUGAAGUCAUUGGUGAUGGCAGACCCGGCUCGCGCCACAGAGCUAUUAAGACAAGCUCCCCAUCUAGCUUAUGCCAUAUUCCAAGCGUUAUUACUCAUGAAUCUCGUUGAUUACAGCGUGCUUGGCUCUGUUGUUGAACAUGCCUCACAGCCUCAGCCGCCUCCACCACAGCCGACACCUCAGAUACCUCAACAGUUCCAACCAUAUCCAUCGAUCCCCGGCCAAAUAUCUACGCCCCCAGUACAACAUGCCGCUUUCGCCCCCCCUCAAACUCAACCUCAAACUCAGCAACAGCCUGCUCCGAUUCCCAGUCAGGACGAGCUGCUUCAGCAAGUAUUGAACAUGCCACAAUCUGCGAUAGAUGCGCUGCCACCUACGGAACGUAGCCAGAUAAUGUUGCUGAGGCAGCAGCUGCUGCAAGGGGGAAUGCGAUAGUUUGGGGGUUGGAGGCUAUGAAUUGUUUUUGUUUGCAUUUUCAUAUCGAAAUGAAUCCUACUGCUUACGGCGGAAGAUACGGGAAUAUGGCGCAAUGGUGACGGUUCCUUGAUAUGCUCUUGUUACAUGGUUUUGCAAUGUUCUUCUUUGCUACACCGUACCGGCCUUUGGCGAGAAGGACAAAUUAGGGCAAAAUACACAUUUUCUACGGCACUUCUAGUUGUGUUCUUUUUUAGGGUUAUAGCGGCGCUGUAAUAUUAUUCAAAUCCCGAAG